CUGGAGAGAGUCAGAACUUCACGAGUAAGAACUAAGGAUCAGACUGAGAGAACCCAGCACUAAAAUCUCUUGGGAAUCCUGAGAGCCCUGCGGGGGCAGACAGAGAGGCACAAAGGCUCAGCCGUGGAAGCUCCAUCAUGAUGCCACAAAUUGUGACCAAUGAGACUGUCACAGUGAUUUCACCAAAUGGAGUCACCUUUCCCCAAACAGACAAGCCCCAGCCUGCCGAGCAGAGACAAAACAGCCUGAAGAAACAUCUAAAUGCAGAGGUCAAAGUGAUUGCGGCGAUCCAGAUCAUGUGUGGUGUGAUGGUGUUGAGUCUCGGCAUCAUUUUGGCAUCUGUUCCCACAGUCCCACACUUUACCCCAGUGUUUUCUGUCCUGUUAAAAUCUGGCUAUCCAUUUGUAGGAGCCUUGUUUUUUAUUAUCUCUGGAAUUCUGUCAGUUAUCACGAAGACAAAGUCAACAAAGUCUUUGGUGGAUGGCAGCCUGACUAUGAACAUCCUGAGUGUUUUAUUUGCUUUCAUUGGCAUCAUUAUCCUCUCUGUCAGCCUGGCUGGUUUGCAUCCUGCCUCAGAGCAGUGUGAGCAGAACCAGCCACCUAAACCAACUCAACAUUAUUACUACCAUCGUUCCUUCGAAGUCAGCAAUGACUGCUCUACCCCCAAGGCUGUUUUGGCUGGAGCACUCUUGUUGAUGCUGAUCUGCAGUGUGUUGGAACUUGGUAUGGCUGUGCUCACUACCGUGUUGUGGUGGCAACAGGAUCACUCUGACUUCUCUCGGAAUGUAAUUUUCCUGUCUCGUAACUCAAAUAAUGCAUCCAACAUGGAAUCAAAGUCACUUUGUAACCCUGCAUAUGAGAAACAAUUAGUUUCUUAAGAAUAAAAAAAAUUGGAGCUCUACAGCAGCGAGUCCAUCUUCAUGAUAAUGAAGAAAAUCCAACCAUCACAAGGCAGCAAUGCUGAAGUUUCCUAAAAUGUGGCUGUUUAAAAAGUGAAUACCAGUAAUGUGUUGAAUGGGUGUGUUCAGUGACUCACUCUUGAUUUUCAUGAUCUUGGCAUCAUCCAAAGCUCAGACCUGCAAAUAGUGGCCAAAGAGCCACAGGUAUUUCUUGGAAAUCUAAAAUAAUGUUUCAGGGGAUUGUGGUAGAACAAAGGAGUAAUAUUUUCUUGUCCCCUAAUGGUGAACAAUAAUUGUUAACCGUUUGGUCCCUGUGUUCAGAAUCUCUGUGUUGGCAUGGGUUUUUCAUCAUAUCAAAUUUAUUCAUUAGUACAUAGAAACAAGUGACCUGCAAUAAAGUCUCAAGAACUAUACGUGGUGUUUGUUUCAAAAUAAAGUAUUUCUGUGAUUAUAUGGUCUAUUUGUAACAGUUUUUGUUGUUGUUUUGCCUUUAAGCACAGAUAAAGUCCCCUAUGAUACA